CCAAGCUGGCCUCCCCGGCCCCCUCCCUGGCUCCGGCCCCAGACCUGGACCCGGACCCGGACCCCGAGCCGGACCCUGAGCCGGACCAGCAGCACACCCACGAGGAGCAGUAUGUGAGCGAGGGCGACUGCAGCCAGCUCGACACAUCCACGGCGCCACCAGACUGCAGGGACGCCGAGACCAUCACAGAUGUGUGCAACAGCACUGACCUGCCGGAGUUUGAGAUCAUCAGUCUUCUAGAGGAGCAGUUGCCAGUGUACCGGUUGCGGGCUGACACCGUCUACGGCUACGACCACGAUGACUGGCUGCACACUCCCCUCGUCGCACCGGACACCAGGUUCGACCUGACCACCGAGCAGAUCGAAGAGACACUCAAAUACUUCUUGCUAUGUGCAGACAGAGUGGGCCAGAUGACGAAGACCUACAAUGACAUCGAUGCUGUCACACGUCUGUUGGAGGAGAAAGAGAGAGAUUUGGAGUUGGCUGCAAGAAUCGGCCAAUCACUUCUUAAGAAGAACAGAAUUUUGACUGAGCAGAAUGACUAUCUGGAGGAACGAGUGGUACAAAUCACAGAAGAGGUGGCCCAGCUCCACCAUGAGCUGAACCUGAAGGAUGAGCUGCUGCAGUUUUACACCAACGCAGCUGAGGAGAGCGAGGAUGAGUCCAGCAGCUCCCCAACGGGAAAGAAAAGUAAAUUGGAAACAGCUUCGGGAGCAUUUGUGAGCGACACACUCCAGAGGAAACUCAAAGAUCUGGAAGAAGAGAACCUGUCGCUCCGCUCAGAGGCUAACCAUCUAAAGUCAGAGACUGAAACAUAUGAGGAAAAGGAGCAGCAGCUUGUCAAUGACUGUGUGAAAGAACUCAGGUUGUCCAGUCUCCAAAUCUCUGCCAUAGCAGAGGAAUUGGCUCGUAAGACUGAGGAUGCUUCCCGACAGCAGGAAGAGAUCACACACCUCCUCUCUCAGAUAGUAGAUCUGCAAAAGAAAGCCAAAUCUUAUGCGGUGGAGAAUGAAGAGCUUUCUCAACACCUAGUGGCAGCUAAAGAUGCCCAGAGGCAGCUUACGGCAGAGCUCCAGGAGUUGGAGGAGAAGUAUUCAGAGUGCAUAGAGAUGCUGCAUGAAGCCCAAGAGGAGCUGAAGAACCUGAGGAACAGAAACUACCCAGCAGGAACCCCUCGACGUUGCCAUCCCCUGGGACUGUACCCCAUGGAUUCUCUGGCAGCCGAGAUUGAGGGAACAAUGAGGAAGGAGUUGAGUAUGGAUGACCCAGAGAGCGAGGAACAGAAAAGCCAUCGGAAGCGUGUGUUUGAGACCGUUAAGAACGUCAACCAGACAGUCCGUCAGCGUUCUCUGACUCCAACCAAUGCCAACAUCCCAGGCUCCAACCAGUCUCUGUCAGCUCGUACAUCGCCACAGUCCAGCGGUCUCUCCACACCUCACUCCAGCAUGUAUGGAGGCGACAUCAGCGGAGACAGUAUGGCCCUUGACAACCGAACACAGAGCAUCCUGAUGGAGACUGCGUCCAAUCAGGAUAGCAGCACAGAAGGCCGAGAAAAGAAGGCCAGUGGAGCUGAGGACCUGCGGCUCGCCCUGCGACGCCUGUCUCUGCGUCGACAAAACAACCUGAGCGAGAGGCGCUUCUUUGAAGAGGAGAGGGAUCGGAGACGAGGAGGACAUGGAGGUCUAUCUGUAGCCCUGGGCCAGGAGCAUGUGAUGACUCCCUCAGAAAGCAUCAUGUCUCUUGGGAACCUCCACAUUUGGGCCACACGAGGGCCUUACCUCCCUGACAAACUCCAGAUCGUCAAACCGCUUGAAGGCUCUGCCACUCUGCAUCACUGGCAGCAGUUAGCUCAGCCUCACCUCGGUGUGAUUCUGGACGCCAGGCCAGGAGUUGUGCCAAAGGGCUACAGACCCCUCGAACUAGAGCUGGAGCAGGUAUACCCAUGGGGAAGCUUUGAGGAGGAUGAACCAGGGGAACAAUACUUCCAGAAUCUUCCCACCUCCUCGGCCUCUGCCUCACCAGCUGUGCCCUCCACCUCCAGCACCGCUGACACCAACAUCGCUCAGCCUCCACCCACCCUCGCUCCACCUUCUCCACCCUCUCCAUCUCCAUCGCCACAUCUUAGCAACACUGACAUCCUGGCUGCAUACUACCCAGGUAAAUGCAUGGCCCACACCAGUUCUACCUACACCUUCACAACCUGUCGAAUCCUCCACCCGACUGAUGAGUUGACGCGAGUCACACCAAGUCUAAACCCAGCCCCGGCAUCGUCCUCCUGUGUGAUGACAAGCACUCUGUUGGGUACUCCUGCUGCUACACCGUGCACGCCCCGCAGGCUCAGUCUCAGGCCAUCUGAAUCCUCAACAAACCUCAGAGAUGCAACACGCACCACCAGCACCUCCCUGGGGUUAGUGCGCCUUCUCCAGGAGAGAGGGAUCUCUGCAGCGAUGUAUCACCAGAGCCAGGGCCUGGAGUAUGGUCAGGGCAUUGGAGGAGUCUUAUUCAGCACCUCCAUUGCCCCUAACCGAGUGCCCAACCCCGACCCUCUGCGCCCCUCUACCCCUCCCAACUCACCCACAGGACAGGGAGCUUCUGCUGUGCCAACCCCCGUGGGCUUCGACUUCAAGAGCCCUUCCUACGACAACUUCCUGGCCUCCAAACCAGCCCGCUCCAUUCUGAAAGAGGUGACUGGGAGAAUGAGGGGCAGGCAGAGAGGGAGGGACUGCGAAAGCCAGACGGACGUUAGCGUGACCGUCCACAACCUCAACCUGCUGGACAAGGUGAAGCGGCUAGGUGUGGCUGGAGCUCCAGGGGCCAGAGCAGUAAGUCCCAGCCCGAUCCUGGGGCCUCUGGGUGGGCUGCGCAGAUCCGGCUCCCCUUUUGGGCCCGAUGGAAUGAGGAGGAACCGGAGUUAUCCAGCCAUGGUUGGAGCUAGCAUGGCCAUGAAAGCCCCGGGGCCCCAGGAGUAGUCUGUACUGCUGCUGGCUGUUAGCCAUGUAGGAGCCAGGCUGGGCCAAGGACCGACUGUUGAGCAGUCACCUGGAGCCCAAAACACUGACUGUUCAUACUGUACGACAACAACAUGGCACUACUGACCACUUUCUAAUCACUACUGUGGUUCCACACAGACCCUAUCCAUUCUUCAGUGCUUUCAGUUGGUGACUCAUGCUUGAAUUAAAAUCAAAAUAAGUUAGGGUUAAGGGUUGGUUCAUCCAAAAUACAACAACCUCUUCUGGUAUGUAGAUAGUUUUGGUUUUAUGUGCCCAUAUUAUGAGAUGUUGCUGAAAUGUCUCAUGUCUCAAUACAAUGAAGGUGAAAGGAAUUUCAUUUCAAAGCACUGAACAAUUACAAUAAAAAACUUGUUUUUCCAGAAAAUGUUCCUGUUACUCUGGAUAAUCCACGGACCUCACUGUGAACAGUUUUCGUUACUUCCUACCAAUUAAAAGAAAACUUCAUCAACAUCAUUUUGGAAAAUGUGCUUUUUUGGCUUCUUUCUGGGAGUUAGAUGAGAGGAUUUAUAACACUCUCAUGUUUGGCGUUAAGUAUGAAGCUGGAACCAGGAAGUGAUUCACCUAGUUUAAAGACAAUAAGAAAUAAGGAAGUUCAAAAAUACAUCAAACAGAAAUGUAAAAGUUUCUACUUGUGGUGUUAGAUGGAGUUAAAUGGUAUCUGUACUUGAUGAGCAACACUUUAUCGUCCGGGCUGUGUUCAGAAAUAGUUCCAACAACUCCCCCUGAACCCCAAUUUUUACUGUAUGUCUGUUUGUGUAUGUAUUAAAAACAUGUUGUUAGUGAGCUUUGGAGGUGCUGAUAGGUAGAUUUUUUUUUAACUUAAGAUAAAGGCAGGCUAGCUGUUUCCCUUGUUUCACCCUAAAUAUAUACUAAGCUAAGCUAGUUGCCUGCUGGCUCUAGCUCCAUACUUAAUGCAAAGACAUAAUAGUAUAAAUCAUCUAAAACUCACGAAAAGUAAGCAUAAUAGUGUAUUUCCCAAAUUGUCACAUUAGUCCUUUGAAAAAGUCGAAUUAAAAAACGUUUUACAGUUUGUUCUGUGGACUCUCCAGAGUAAGGGCAUGGGCACACAUUUGUAAAUUUAUUCUCAUGGUGACCUAGACCACCUAUUUGGUACUGACAUCCAUGUCCCCUUUAGGAUGAAUUGUAAUAUGUUUGGUGAUCAUCAGGUCUGAAUUUUAGUUACUUAGUUUAGUCUAAUACACUAAACUAAGAUGAUGAACAUGUACCAGCUAAACAAUCAGCAUCUUUAUUGUCAUUUUAAGCACCUUGCUUUUAGCAUUUAGCUCAAAGCACCACUCACAGAGCCUCUAUAGACUUUUGUCUGGUUAUUUUUACCCAGAUAUGUAAAAUCUGGGCACAUAAAACCAAUUUUAUGUAAUUUGAUCUUAUGUAAUUGGGUGAACUGACCCACUCAAAGCAGAAUAUCUUGAAAGAGAGCUACUGAGAUAUCUGUCUGCUCCCACUGCUGUCCACUCACAUCCCUGCUUUGGAGACUGACUCUGCUGGCUAGAUAUAGUACUCCCACUCUCGCCUUUUCUGAAACACAUCCACAAAAUCCCACACACAUCCAGACAUACACCGAUGCACUCUGUUACAUCUGCCAUUGCACUAGUUGUACUACUAGUAGCUGUAGUACUAAACCAUGCCUUUCUUAAUCUCUAUUAUUGGAUUAAGAUCCACCUUUUUAUAAAUGAUUAUAAAAUUUACACCAAAUACAUGAAAAUAUGUCAUCCUUGCCGUAGCGCUCUCUACCCUCAGUCAUACGCCUACCUAAAUGAGUAUCUGUGAGUCUGACAAGUCACUUUGAACAAAUCACUGAAUAGAUUUUUUUGUCAGUAUUAAAGAUACUUUGGUUUAGUUUUCUAAUUGGCCAUUAGACAGGGAAGUUGAUGGUGCUUCCAUUGAUUGGACGAUCAAUAGGCUGAAGCCACAGCUCACAAAGAGUGAGAGAGGGAUAAGGGAAGUGAUUGUGGCUAAUCAGCCGUCAUGGCCAGAAUCUUUUGGAGAAAUGAAGCAAUAUAGUGCCUCGAACAUCUGUUUUUGAUGAUUUAUGUUCUUUAUGUGUUGGAUUGUGAAAGAGCUGCCAGGGCCGUCAUUGCACUUGUGUUUAUUUAUUUUUUUAAAAUCCUUUUAAUUUGUGGUCAUAGAAAUGAUGUUGUCUCACAUGUGCUCACUGUAUAUACUGUUCAUUGUCACUAGAUUGUAAGUAAUGACACACUUAUAAAGGAACUGUUAUGUGUAGUGCAUAACCAAGAACCACACAUCACUGUAAGUAUUGAGGUGAGCAUGUAAUGAGGGUUUUUUUUCCAAAUAAAAGUUCAGUAAUCAAACAAUAA